CUGGGGUUAAGGGUGUUCAAUCAAUUUGAUUGGUUGAAACUACGGUCUUGAAUCCUUAUAUAAAAGAAAACAUUUGGCAAUCAACGCAUUCCCCUCUUGGAUACCGAGAAAAGUAAAAAAGAAUGAAGAUUUUUGCUGUCGCUGUGCUGGUCGUCUGCUUUGUUUCCAGCUUUGGAAAAGACGAACCGGUAGAUCCGCCAAAAGAGCAAGCAAUAGACGGAAUAUCGGAUGUCCAGCCCGUUGAAAUCAAGUCGAAGAUUGAAGAGGCCUUGAAAGUCCAGGAUGAAGUGCGUCUCUCAGUGAAUUCCAUCGCAGCAGAGAGAGCGUUUUUGGCUGAAGAAGAGAAAUAUAGAUUUCCGGGUAGGUUCAUCGACACUUGUCCAAAAAGUAUAACAUAUAUCACCAGUCUCACUGUAUAUGGAUCCGGUCAAAGGGAAAAGUGCUAUGUUGUGUCACCAUAUCGACAGAGGGUAACCUACGCCGUUUGUAAAACACCUGGUUGUUACGGAGAUAUCAAAUACUACUACAGUCGGUGUCUCAGGACCGGGUGGACCAGACUGCAGUUCUGGGUGUGGUGUCCCACCUGUGGAUUCAAGCUAAUCGCUAGGUGGUACCCACAAUGCUGCUCCUGCUACAAGUGGACAUAUUUCCAUGUCUGAUGGCUAUGAAGCAUUUAGAGUUGAAAUGUAUCAUUUCAAUAAAAGACACAACUUUAACAACGCAACUUUUAAUUUGUCCUUUUCUUAUGUGAAAUAAAAACAAUAUUUUGAAUAAAAUUUAAUUUUAAAAUAUUA